UCCAUUUUACAGAGAGGGAAGGGAGGUUCAAAGAAUUGGACUGGCUUGUCCAGAGAGUAAGUGACCAUGCCGGGAAGGGCAUCAUGGCCAUUGGGUUCUUCAAGUUCUAAGUUGUCUGAUUCUUAGUCCACCCAGGCUUCCAGGUCCCUCCGAGGGAGCCAUCUCUGCCUCCAUCCCUCCAAUUUGCUCAACCCCGCCUGCACCGUUACCACUUCACUCCGUAUACAAGCUGCUCUGAGCUCUACUUGCUUGCUGUGCACUUGAAAAAGACACCAGAAACCCACGUGGUCCUCCACCCGCCAGGUGUUGCUGCGUAGAGUGCUCCUCACAUGGGUCAACUGUUCCAGUGUGCGGUGGGCCACCCGGGUUCAAGACGUUUUCACAGCUGGGAAGCUCCUGGCCCUGGGCCUGAUCAUCGUCAUGGGAGUUGUACAGAUCUGCAAAGGACAGUACUUCUGGCUGGAGCCAAAGAACGCAUUUGAGAAUUUCCAAGAACCUGACAUCGGCCUCAUCGCGUUGGCUUUCCUUCAGGGCUCCUUUGCCUAUGGAGGCUGGAACUUUCUAAAUUACGUGACGGAGGAGCUUGUCGAUCCCUACAAGAACCUUCCCAGAGCCAUCUUCAUCUCCAUCCCACUGGUCACAUUUGUGUAUGUCUUUGCCAAUGUCGCUUAUGUCACUGCAAUGUCCCCCCAGGAGCUGCUGGCAUCAAACGCAGUCGCUGUGACUUUUGGAGAGAAGCUCCUAGGGGUCAUGGCCUGGAUCAUGCCCAUUUCCGUCGCCCUGUCCACAUUUGGAGGAGUCAAUGGGUCCCUCUUCACCUCCUCCCGGCUGUUCUUUGCUGGAGCCAGGGAGGGCCACCUUCCCAGUGUGUUGGCCAUGAUCCACGUGAAGCGCUGCACCCCAAUCCCAGCCUUGCUUUUCACAUGCAUCUCCACCCUGCUGAUGCUUGUCACCAGUGACAUGUACACACUCAUCAACUAUGUGGGCUUCAUCAACUACUUCUUCUACGGCGUCACAAUUGCUGGACAGAUAGUUCUUCGGUGGAAGAAGCCAGACAUCCCCCGCCCCAUCAAGGUCAACCUGCUGUUCCCCAUCAUCUACCUGCUGUUCUGGGCCUUCCUGCUUGUCUUCAGCCUGUGGUCGGAGCCUGUGGUGUGUGGCACCGGCCUGGCCAUCAUGCUGACAGGGGUGCCUGUCUAUUUCCUGGGUGUUUACUGGCAACACAAGCCCAGGUGUUUCAAUAAGUUCAUUGAGUUGCUGACCCUGGUGAGCCAGAAGAUGUGUAUGGUUGUGUACCCCAAGGUGGAGGAGGACUCAGGGACAGAGGAGCUACAUGAGGACAUGCAGUGGCAGCUGCAGCCCACUGCCCCCCAAGACAAGGAUGCAGAGGAGCCCUGAGGACCACCCUCCCCUCUCAGCUGCUUCCCCCCUCCUUCAUCCCCUCUCUGCCCUCCUGCCCUGCCUGGGUCCCCCAAACACACACACACACACACCCCUCUGCCUCUUGUCAAGCAGGGGCAGGACCUGGGUGUGGGUGGUGAGAAACUAUAAACAAAGAUUCUGACAUUUGUACCCAAAGAUCCAGACUCCUCUCACCCCUAAGGCCUGUGUCUAAAGCAGUGGAGCUUCCAGGGGUGCCCUACACGGCCCUCCCUCCUGGGCCCACACCCUUAGUCGCUUCCUCAGGAACCUGAGUUCAGGGCUGCCUUCCCUCCCCAUUCCUGAGCCCGAGGGAAGCCUCAGCUCCAAGAGAAGUGGCAGCAACAGUGAGUCACUUGGGGACAGACUCGAGCAAAUCUGUUACCAUUAAAGGUCAGCUGAAGAGACCCAAAUCCCCCUCCCUUCACCAGUGACUGAAGACAUCAGAGGUGAUGCUUCCCUCUGGCCCCCCCCCCCCCCUCCUCCCUUCACCCCCACCCCCCCGCCCAGCCUGGGCCUUCUGUGCAGAGUGAGGUUCCUGUCAGGACAGCAUCUCCCCACUGACCUAAGGACCAAUGGGCAGGAGGACUGCCCCCUCCCCUAACCCCGGCCGGGCCUGUGGAACAGACUGGGAAAGGCUCAGAUUGUAGAAACCCAGCCUUGCCCCUGCCUCCUCCCGCCAACUCAGUGCCAAAGCUUCCUGAAGCCAGAAACCUGCUUAUUUCCAAUGUAGUGGACAUUUCUCUCCUAAUGACAAAGCAGCUCCUCUCUUCCUCCCUCCCACCCCCAUGGGAAGGAGCCCGCCACCCUGUUACCCCCGCAGUGAUGCUCCAGCACAGCCCCAGGCAGCCAGCACUGCCGGCACCCCCAUCUUGCCCUUCUCCUCCUCUGUGGACUUUGGCUCCUGGGCUGUGAAGGCUCCCCAAGCCCUUCAUGCCUGAAAGUCGAGCCAAAUCAGCCUUAAGUCACCUCCCAUCCAAGAACUGGACCUAAAAAUACCCCCUUAUUUCCAGCCGUCCGGUCAGACCUGGCAUGAAAAGCCUUCCAGGGAGGGAGGGCUAUUUCCCAUCUCCCCAGAGGUACCCCUCCCAUCACCUCGGAGACUGUUUGGGGAGAAAGUGUAUUCUGAAGGCCAGUUCCUCCCCCAACUCAGAUAACCCCUCCCUCCUUUCUGCUCACACCACUGUCCUGUCUGGACAGCCUCCAGGACAGGAUGAGAGGACAGUGGCAGAAGGUACCCACUUUGGAGGCUCUCGGAAAAGCCCGUUCUCUAUGGUUUGCAGACUUGUGGCCAUCCUGUCCUGCAGGCAGAAGCUGCCAUUCCCUGUGCUCCAAAGAAGGUGCUGGUGUUUGCCCUGGGCCCUUGCAGCCUCCUAGCCACACCUGUUGUGCUAAGGACUGGGAUCCUUUUAUCCCAAGCAGGAGUCCCCCCCUUCCCCCAACUCCCCAUCCUGUCUGCUGAAACUGGAAAAACUGGGGAGUCCUCCUGGCCUACUUGGGUCUCCCAGCCUCCCACCCGGCCUGCUUGAGCCUGCAUUGGUAAGAUGCGGGUUUGGUCUGAGUUGUGGUCCCUUCAGAGUGGACUCCAGGCAGACUGGGGCUGGCCCUGGAGGCUCAGGGGACCAUCCUCUUGUUCCCUCUUCUCAUUCCUCCAACCUCCUUCCAUUAUUGUUUUUUGUAAAGUGGAUGCCUUACUUUUUGGAUAAAUAUUUUUGAAGCUGGCAUUUCUAUUUCUUUUGGAUUUUUAAGGUUGUUUUUUUGGGGGGGGGGGCGUUAGUUAUACCUGGAUAAUAAUCUUCUGUCUUUGAGUUGGUUUAAGUUUUAGUUGUGUGUUUUGUUUUGUGAGG